AUGAGGACAUUUUUGUUUGUAUCAAAUGAGAAGAGUGUUGAUAUUUUAGUGAAAGAUUUAUGCGGGAGCAGUGAAUAUAGUGGUGAUUUUUGUGUAAAUAAGGAGUUGAUAGCAUGUGAAAAGGGUGAGUCGUCGUGUUCUAGUACUGUCGAAGACAGAAAUGAAUUUUUGGGCAGGUCGAAGAGAGCAAGUGCUAAGCCUUUGUUUUCGAAUGAGUGGGAGACGUACAUACAUCAUGUAGGGCAGAAGUUUGACGGUGGUGCAGAGGAGUUCCGUUUGAAAUUGUGCAAGUACGCUCUUGAAGUAGGAUUUAAUUUUUUAUAUGCCGGCAAUGACAAGAAGCGGGUGGUUGCUAUUUGUUCGAAUAAGAAAUUGGAGGGUUGUAGCUGGCGUGUUUAUGCUUCUCGUUGUGAAGCUACUGGCUGUUUUGUAAUUCGGACAUUAAAUAAUGUGCAUACAUGUGUGGGUCGGAUACGGGAAUCAAAGAGUAAGAUGAUGAAGUCUCGUGUGGUGUCCUCCCUCAUUGUGGACAGAAUUCGUGCAAAACCAGAGCUGAAGCCAGUUGAGAUUAUACACGAGUUCAAAGAUUAUUAUGGUAUAGACAUUUCAUACUACCAUGCAUGGUUUGGCAAAGAGUUAGCUAAAUUGAACGUUCACGGUGAUGAGUCGAAGUCCUUCAACGAGUUAGUGUGGUAUGCGGACGCCGUAAAGGAAACUAACCCUGGUUCUCUCUGCACUCUUGAAUGUGAAACUGGAAUUAAUCGCUUUAGACGGUUUUUUGUGUCGUUUGGCGGUUGCAUUGCUGGAUUUCAAUAUUGCAUACCCUUGUUGUUCGUUGAUGCUACGUUUUUGAAGAGCAAGUACAAGGGGCAGCUUCUCUGUGCUUCCGGAAAGAAUGGAAAUCAAGGGUUUUAUCCUCUAGCUUUUGGAGUUGUUGAUUCUGAGACGGAGGAGAAUUGGACUUGGUUUCUUCAACAUUUGGCUUCUAUUUUGCUACCGAUGGGGAGAGUGAAUUUGAUAUCGAAGUACCCGAAGUCAGGUUAUGGGAAAUUGCUCCAAGACCGUGUUAUCAAUUUAUUUAGUAGGUGCACAUAUGCUGUUACAGAGGAAGAUUUUACGGUAGCAAUGGAGGAGUUGGUGAUUGUUGGGAGUUCGAAAGUGAAGACAUUUAUAUCUGAUUUGUCUAGAGAUCACUAUGCGAACGCAUAUUUCAAAGGAAUGCGGUAUGGGGAGAUGGCAAAUAGUUUAGCGGAGUCAUUUAAUAAUUGGGUUGGUGUGUUUCGAGAUUUGCCGGUGCUACCUUUGAUAGAAAGGAUUCGACAGAAAUUGAUGGUAUUGAAUUCUCAACGACGAAUUGAAGCGGAGAAGUGGACAACAAUUUUGUGUCUGGAGAUGGAAACUAGACUGUGGGAAAAUGCGGAGGCCGGUAGGACUUGGGUAGUUCGUCGUUCUAGUUUCACUGUUUUUGAAGUAUUUGCUGAUUAUUUUGUGAUGGUUGAUCUUGAGCAAAGGACUUGUUCUUGCUGUCUUUGGCAAAUUGAUGGUUUUCCUUGCACGCAUGUGGUAGCUGCAAUUCUAGCAAAGAAAGAUUCAAUUUAUGAUUACGUGGAGUGUUACUAUAGGACUGACUUCUUUCGAAAAGCCUAUGAGAGUCCUAUUUUUCCUACUCCAGAUAUUGGGAAAGGCUUGGGCAGCAACAGUUUUACAACUGGAGUUGUGCUUCCGCCAAUUACAAAGAGGCCAGCCAGAAGACCACCAAAGCUUUUGGUGAAUUUAAAAGGCCAUUGA